CGUGUCCUAUCCCAGGACAACAUCAGACGGUGCUCCGGUAACGAGUUUCACACGGAAGGGCGUCCACUUACUAAAUAACCUGCUGAGGGCAUUUCAGCUCAUAACACUCUCAAAUUCUUCAGGGAAACGUCGGUAUACGUUUUUACCAUAAAGGACGGCUGUUUGAAACGGAAUAUUUUGUUUAGUCAGCAUGUUCAUUCUGUUUGUACUUCUCUGCUGGCAAGCAACAGGCUUGCAUGCCUUUUCUGCCAGCACGUCUACACCCAAUGUUAACGUCGCAGAGAACAGCGGAGCUGAUUUAAAAUGCGAAUUCUCGCCGGAUUUUGGGACGACACCUCGUGUGGAAUGGAAAUUUACUAAUUUGAAGGGCUCGCAGUCCUUCAUCUACUUCGACGGCCAGAUCACGGAUCGAUAUAAAGGACAGAUGACUCAGUACCCAGGCGGUUUGAGGAUUCAAAAAGUCACCAGACAAGACUCUGGUGUUUAUUCCUGUGAAGUGUCUAGUAACACAGAUUUCGCGGAAGCUAAAAUUAAAGUCACGGUGCUUGUUCCUCCUUCUGUGCCGGUCAGCAACAUCCCCACCUCAGCCACAACGGGCCGGCGCGUUCUAAUGACUUGUUUUGAUAAGGAUGGUUCGCCUCCAUCCACCUAUUUAUGGUACAAAAAUGGCACCCCUUUGCCUGCUGACCCCAGCAAAUUCCCCAGCUUUCAGAAUUCAACAUACAAAAUGAACACCCAAAACGGCAACCUGGAGUUUCCCAGUGUAAAAACGUCAGACAGUGGACAGUAUUUCUGCGAAGCUUCCAACGGACAAGGAACCGCUCAGCGUGGACAACCGGUGCUCAUGGAUGUCCGUGAUCUGAACGGAGGAGCUAUUGCAGCCGGAGUCAUUGUGGCGCUGCUUGCUAUUGCUUUGCUUUGCUUUGGCCUGUGGUUCGCCAAGAAGAAGGGAUAUAUGCCCAAAAUGUCAGAAAGAAAGCCCAGAAGUGUGUAUACACAGCCUAAACAGGACUAUGGAUAUGAUGAUGAUGAUGGGGAGUUCAAACAGAAGCAGUCCUUUGUGGUGUAGACUCCUUUCUAUCAUCCAGCUCUGGAAUGUCUGUGUGUGUUUUCAACUGCCUCUCGUCAUUCUGCAUUGUUUGCACAGACUUUAAGGUAGCAGAUCAGUAAAUCAUCUUUUUUGUACUUAACCAAACGGCAUCAGGUACUAACAAUAAGAUCAAUACAGUUUCUUUCCUCUAGUGUAAAAAAAUAAACAUUUAUCCUGGCUUUCACCCUGACGACGGUGAAAAGAAUAAGCUUAUUCUUUCUAAUUAAGAUUUGCUUUGUAGGUUUAUUUUUAAUUUUGUACGUUAAUGAAAUUGGGAGCAGUUGGAUGUGAGAGGAAGGCAUUUGCUCAAAUACUGUAUGUAAACAAAGUUUUUUUGCUUUUAUGUUGUACAUUUACGUGUGUGUGUGUGGAUGUAUUUGAAUAAAAAAAAACCCUUUUUUUUUUCCACCUUAAUUUGACAGCUGAUGUAUUUCAAAUAUCAGUCAUUUUAUGCUACUCUAUUAUUUAUGUGAAGGAUUUUUACUGUUUACUCAUUAGAAAUGUAUAAAUUAAACAUAGAACAUUGGUCUUGCUCUGUUUUUUUUUUUUCUUCUCUGAAAUAUGUAUAUACCUGUUGGCUUAUUAACUUUUGUGUUUUAUUUGAGCCACCCACUAAGUUUCCAACUAAACAUUUUUGACUGGCAGCAGUGUAAUGCAAAUGCUUUAUAUCUGACACUCUGAUUUCCAUACACUACAUGCGUAAUUUGAUCUAAAGUCAAAACAAACAAAAAAAAGAAAUCUGUGAAACAAUUGUGUAAGUUUUUAAUAAACACUUUUAUUAAUAAA